AUGUGUGAUGUCAGCCCCCACCUUCCCGACCACAAUCGCGGUUGCAACUUUCCGAUUAGCAACCGCGCAUCAUCCACAGCGGCAGAAGCUUCACAUGGACUGGAAAUCAUGUCGAAACAAUAUCUGACCACACACACUGUGGACAAUGCCCAUGUAACCGAUAUCUUCGGGCUGGCCACGACUCAAAGAUCCAUUCUGUCCGCGAGCGGAUCGUCCACUCUCCACGUCCAUAACACCUUUGACCCCACGAUCCCCAUCACGCAGUCCAUCGGCGGUGCGCACAAGCUCGGCUGCCACCACAUUUGCACUUCGCGCAAUGGGCUCGUCGCUGCUAGCGCGGGGUUUGCAGGCGAAGUGAAGAUCUGGGUCGUCGACAAGGACACGGGUGAGUGGAAUCUGCACUCGGAGAUCACGAACCAGGCGGCCAAGGCGGGCGAGGUGUGGGCCAUUGCCCUCAGCGAGGAUGGAAAGUUCCUUGCGGGAACGACCUACGACGGCCGUGUGAACGUUUGGGAUGUCGGCGAAGAGGGAACGCCCAAAAUCAGAGAGUAUGAGACCGGCAGUCCAGGCUCAGGAAGCUUCGGCAUGUCGGUCGAUUUGAGCCGGGAUGGGAGAUACACCGCGAGUGGCCACGAGAACGGGGCUGUAUACGUGUUCAACAACGACACCGGACGGUUGUUAUUCUCGUUACCUGGUCUGGUCAAGUCAGUCCGUGCCGUAGCAUUCUCGCCCGGAAACACAAGACUCGCGGCUGCAGGAGACUCGUCUAUCAUUGCUCUCUACGACAUCAAGAACGGCGAGCAGGUCAGCAACAUGACAGGCCAUGCCUCUUGGAUCACCUCGAUCGACUGGAACGACAGCGGCGAAUACCUACUCAGUGGUGCUAUGGACGGCAAGGUCAAGGUAUGGUCCGUUGAGCGCGGCGCCUGUGUCGCGACGCACAGCGAGACGGACAAGGCACUGUGGACUGUCAAAUGGCUCCCGAAAACCGGAAAGAACGAGUCGUUCUGUACGGCGGGCGCUCACAGAAGCAUCUCGUUUUACAGAGAAGCUACUGGAGCAUAGAUGGGGAGGAUGCAACAUCACGGGAAAAGGCCGAUGCCUAUCUACAAUGGUUGGGGCAAGAAAUGUCGCUGGGUCAGACAGACCCCGGGAUAGAUGAUAGAGACAUGCCGAAAUGAACAAUGAGGAUACCUGUUGAGGACUGAGGACAGUGUCCAAGACAGUUAAUUCCUCGACAACAC